AAAGCUUGUGCUUUCUAGAGUUUUGAUAUUAUUACAAUAGAAUUAAUUAAAAGAGUGUAUCAACAAAUAAACACAGAUGUGUCGCAUGCAGACAGUUCAGAUCUACUAUUUUUUAUGUUUGUACUGUACAUAAUCUGGGAAGUACUCAAUCGCAACGCCACGGAGCAGCUGCAUGUGAUCAUCAUAUCAUUCCCGUUUAAUUACGAGCCUGUUCUUAUGUUUCUUGUUAAUCAUCCAGUCACCAAUCAUCCAGUCACCAAGAGGUGUCAGAUGCCCAGGAAGAUUUUGUUUCCGCUUUCCAGUUCCUACUGAACAUUCUUCUCGUACAGGUGACUUAAGAAAAAGCUUUGAUGCUGCAACAGUGAUAGUGGGACAGAAAAUGUUCAACGCGUCAACGAAAUCAACCGAAUCUCUCGCCUUGAAACCAACGCGAUACAUUGACAUAUCCGCCGGAUCUCAGUUGUCAUCCAAUGCGGAUAUUGGCGUUGCUGCCUAUCUGUUGUUUAUUUGGAUAUUGUCAUUGUAUGCCAAUGGAGUAGUUCUGAUAGGAAUAGCCCGGCAAAAAGGUCAUAUACUGCCCUUAGACAUCUUGAUGGGAUUUUUAGCAAUUUCCAAUGGUUUGCUCGCGUUGACAACGUAUCCCAUGGUCGGCGUUUCGCUCAUCAGCCACCAGUGGAAAUUCGGCCAUGCAGGGUGUGUUGGAUACGCCUUUAUUACAAUGUUUCUCGGCCUUGCAUCCAUUUUCGAUUUACCAGGAAUUGCAUACGUGCUUCACAGUACAGUGGCAUCGAAGCAUACAGCUAGAAAAGGACAGCGCAGCAAAAAAUGUCACUGUGGCACAGUUUGGAUAAUUAUUCCAGCCAUCUGCACGCUGUCCUUUCUCCUUUGCAUUUUGCCGAUUGUCGGUAUGGGAGAAUACGGACUCGGCAAGCAUGGAUCCAGCUGCACCAUUAAAUGGUCAUCAAAAUCUCUAAUUUCGGUGCUCUACAUCACGUUCCUAAUGAUCACGGGAUUUGCCCUUCCGGUGUUUCUUACCGCGGUUUUCUAUUAUCGAGUCAUUAGCCAUCUGCGCUCCCUGAAACGCCGCUACGUCAAUAUGGAAUUCGCUAAAAAAUGGACAAAAGUCCAGAAUGACACUCUCAUGAUGACGCUUGCCGUCGGAGUUUGCAUGAUCGUUUGCUGGGCGCCGUACGCCAUUGUGGCCACCUGGGAAACAUUUUAUGAUCCAUCCACUCUCCCGGUUCAACUGGAAGCCACAGCAGCCUUUACGGCCAAAAGCUCCACGGCCUUCACUCCGCUAGUCCAUCUCUGCUACACCAAGAAAUGUCGACAAUGGUUGCGCCGCACACUUUUCUGUUUCAAGCGCACCGAGGAUUCCAGUCCUUCGCACCAGGAGCCGCCGACCCUGCUGAUUCCCAGGGCGUCCGCCUUGCCGAGUGUUUCCAUCUGUAGGGGCUCUCUGCCGAACAGCAACGUCGAUCGUAGUUAUAUGGAGCUGAGAGUGCUUACUUAAUGGCAAUUUCAGGCAAAUCGAUGGCAUUCAAUCAAACAUCAACAAAGUAUUACAAAUGCUACGAAUAUUUUUUUGGUAAAUUUUAUUUUCAAUAUUAAAAUGCUGUAC